AUGGCAGGUGAAUUAGGAAGUAUUUAUCAAUGGGAAAACGAAAAAGUUAUUUCUUACGCAACUAGAAUACGGGAAAUAGGAAAUAGAAUUUUAGAUUCACAUAGGCGUAGUAAUCAAGGAAGAGAAGAUGAAAAUUUCGUAACUGGAUUUAAAAAAGAUGUUUUAGAUUGUUUUAUUAGAGGAUUAAAAACAGACAUUGAAACCAGAUUAGAAGACGUAAAUACAUUUAAAGAUGCCAUAAAUAAUGCUGUUGAAGUUGAAAGAAAAUUAGCAGCAAAUUUAGCUUUAAGAUCUUCCCAUAGGAACAGAGAAGAAAAAUUAGAAACUAAAAAAGAUAAAAUCCACAUCAUGAGGGAAGAAUUAAUCUGUCAAAUAUGUAACAAAAUAGGUCAUUCAGCCAUAGUUUGUCGUCAAUUAAAACAAAAUUUUAAUUACCAAAGUACAAACAGAACAAACAAUUGGAAUCAAACGUACAACAACCCUUUUCAAUAUCCGCGAAAUCAGAAUCGACAUUAUCAAAAUCAAUGGAACCCACAUCAACAAUAUCAAGAACAAUGGAAACCUAAACCUAACAAUAGACAAUAUGAACAAACAAAUUACAGAUCUUCUCAAUAUCCACCUAAUCAAAGGAAUACUCCAUAUAAUACUUAUCAAGCUCAAAAAGAGUGUUCCUAUUGUAAAAAACCUGGUCAUCUUAUCAAUGAAUGUCGUAAAAAAAUAUAUAAUAACCAACAAACACAAAAUCAACAAUACAGACCACAACAAGAACAAUAUCAACCACAACAACAAAGAUUUCAACCACAAAAUCAGGGAAACUCCAGACCCCUCCCCAACACAGAUGCUGCACGGGAGGCUCGCUAA